GAGCGCUCACGGUUUGACGCGUGACGUGUCACUGGCCGUUGCUACAGGAACCAUUUGUGUUGCUACAUCGUAACUCCAUCCCAGAGGACAUCGACACGGAGUUUCUUGGUGGGUUUCCGCGGCGCCAGAGAAGUGGAGAACGAUGUCGGUCCCGGACUACAGCACCCAGCAGGGUGGGCGACCCGAUCUUAAAAAUAUGGAGAUUAUGCUGAACCACUCCGAGCUCUUCAGGGCAGAGUCCAGAAGGCUGAUCCUGGAGGCCGACAAAGCAUGCAGACGCAUGCAAAAUGAUGACAGCAAGCGAUUCGGUCAGCGGGCCAGGGACAUCCAGUUUCUGAAAAAAGAAUUGGAGUUAAAGCUAGAGGAGGUCAUUCUGGAGACUGAUGCUCUUACAGCAUUACAGAGCAGAGGUUUGAAGGCCCUGGAGGGCAUCAAAGAGCCUCUGAGAGUCACUGUUCUCUGUCUGGAGGAGAGGAUGAAACGUGCCCCUUCUGAGAGGGUGGAGGACGACGUGGAAAGAGAGCUGCUGAAGGAGAGGGAAGUUCUGGAGGGAGUUGCUUCCCUCCUGGAGCGUAUAGUGGAGCAGAUGACUGAGCAGAUACGACUGAACCGAUCUGCCAAGUACCAUUUAGAGCAUGAUCUGAAGGAGAAAUCUGAGGCCCAGUGGAUCGACAACUCCUGUGCCAUAAUGACCACCCAUUCCAUCACUAACCUGCAGCUGUCCACAAACAAGAACAGCAGUCUGCCCAGUUUGGCAGUGACUCCAAAGCAGUGGGAGAACAUCGCAGACAUCAACAUAGCUAAAGCAGAGCAGCAGAAGACCAAUUCUCAGUCCAUGAGGGCCCUGGUGGAGUCUGUUCUGGAGCAGACAGCUGCUGACAUGCAGAAGCAGUUAGACGCUACAACAAAAGCCUUCCAGAUGCAUAUCCAGGAAAUCAAGUCUGCCAAGAGCCAGAUGGAGGACAAACUGCCCAAGGUAGGGCAGGAGAUUCUGUCUGAGAUAACCAGCCAGGAGAGGCUCAGAGAGGAUCUCCAAGUGGCCAUCACAGAGAAUGAGCACUUCCUGGACCUGGCUAAGACCCGGCUAGCCUUGCGUCUCCAGAGGCCCGGCAAGGAGCAAUGCCACGAUCUAGUCCAGGCUCAGCUCCUCGCUGACAUCCAGCACCUCUCUGCUCACAUCAACAAACUGCGUGAGGAAGCAGCCCAGUCACAGGACGAGCAGAGGGCGCUGGUCUACUGCCAGCUAAAGCUGCAGGAAGACAUCGAUAUGAAGACCAGCUCUCUCUACAUUGACGAAGUCAUCUGCAGUCAGCACAGGGAGCCCAUCAUGAUACACAUGUUCUGACUGGAAUAUGUACUUCAAAUGUAUUUCAAAAUAGUCAUACAAAAUUAGAAUAUCUGUCAGGCUGUUUCUCUGUCUGUAGUUCUCACAGUUUUUCUUUGAGAGCUGUUUGACUUUUUUUGUGCUGUCUAAAAAUGAUUAAUUAUAAUGUUUAAUAACAAUUAUACAGGUCACAAUACUAUGCCUUUGUUGUACUCUCAUAAAAAGCUUAC